AUGUUCCUAAGUGAGGAACUAAAGCUCCGCUGCCAUCAGGACGCAGACGAGUCAACCUAUCUCGAACUUUGCAUCCUCUUUUACGAGUCAGCAGCAUCUUCAAUAUUCCAACCUCAUUUGCUUCGAGUCUUUUCGGUGCUGCUCAUGUCGGAAUCCUUCUCCGAGAAAAUCAAGGGAAUAACCGCUGCCGACGUUACUUUCAUUAACCUUCUAAAAGAAUCAGAAUUCUCCUGUGUUUCUCAAGUGGCCGUUCAAGGAAAGACAUGUGUUAUGAAGAUGUAUCAUGCAGUAGAAAAGUCUCCCGCCGAUCCUCCUGACCGUGAAAUCGACAAUUUUACCUGUGAAAGCAUUGCAUAUCAGCGAUUGAAAGCGAAGGGAUUGUGCCAACAAGCAGUCGUCCCGGAUUUCUAUGGAGUGAUAGAACAAAUCAACCCAAAGAAAUGGCAGCCACACCUCAAAAAGUUUCUCAACGACAAACUGCGACCGAAUGCUGUCCUUAUCGAGUACAUCCCAAACAUAUGCCAAAUAAAUUUGUCGACGUUUUCAGAAAGAAGGAUAGCCAAACUUCAUGCUAUUCUGAGGAGCAUUCAUGCGGCGGGGGUAUAUCCUGGUGACCCGUACCCCCGCAAUAUGAUAGUUCAGAUGGACACAGAUCGGGUUUUCUGGAUAGACUUUGACCGUGCACAGACAUCCUCAGAAGGCUCUAUUACGGAAAGACAGCGGCAAUGGAUUCAAGAAGAGGAUGAAAUGAUGGGCGAAUUUGUUGACUUUCUGAAAGCAGACUAUCAAGAUGGAAAAUCGAUCGUACCUGGCCCUACUAUUACACAUAUAUAUGAUGGUUCUUCAACUCCGGUGAUGGUUUCAACAACUCCGUCAGGUGAUUAG